AUGUCCCUGAAGCUCGACCCAUCCGCCUCGGGCGGCUCGCAGCCUUUGCAGAAACGCUCGGCGCUGGCUUGCCUGCCUUGCCGCACGGCCAAGAACAAGUGCGACGGGGCGCCGCCACCCAUCAUUGCCGAGCUGUCGGCUCAUCUCGAGACCAAGAUGCCUCCUCCAGCGGGCGCCGAUGUCCAGCUCGUGUCCGAACACGCUUGCACGCGUUGCGCUCGACUUCGCCUCGAGUGCCUCUGGCAGCCUUCCCAUCGCACGGGACGACCUCGCAAGCGCGCUAGACUUGCGGAUGCUGCCGCUGCCUCUCCGUCUUCUUCUGGGCUCGCUGCGGCUGUGGUCACAGCUCCUGACUCGACUACAUCUGACGGCCAGCUCCCGCAGUUCAGCCGGAUCGAUCACGGUCCUGCUGCUCGGCUUUCCCUAGCCGACACUGCCGACUCGGCGAAUCCUUUCGCACUGGCCACGGCGCCGUCCAGCUCCUUGCUCGGAUAUACGGGAAUGGAUCUCAUCGCUCUGCUCAACCACUCUCAACACGACUCCAGCCGGGCCGCCAUCCAGCUCGACCUCGACCAUGACCUUGACCUCGACCUCGACCUCGACCUUGACCUUGGUCUUGACCAGCUGGGCUCACAGAUCGCUCUGCAUGACCACAUCACACCCGCUCCCGUUGAAAGGUCGCCGUACAACCCGGUCUCGCCUCUUGUCAUCACCAGCCUCGAUCAGAUCCACGCUCCAACAUGCCGCCAGACCUCGUUCAGCCCUUCGGCCGCCAACGAUCGCGAUGCAUCCCUUUCUACAGCCAAUUGUCAUGCCUCUCCGAGCGGUGCUCAACAAGCACGCUCGCAGUUCUCGGCUCUGCGGGCUCGCCUGAAUGCUCUGCCACGAGCCACUUCACCCUCGACCACCGAGACCAAGAGUGUGGCCCCGUCCAGCUUGUUGCAAGCCGACCACAUCAGAGCUGCUCUUCAACGCUACCUCGCACGUCACGACCGCAGCGCUCUGUCCGAUGACGCCGAUACCACUGCCGUCCUCGAAAUAGGCGCACACCUCUAUUUUGCCGGCUUUGCAAAGACGGUCCCCGUGCUUGGAGAAGCCUCCGAGUUCGGCACCUGCGUCCUCGGUGCUCUUCCACCUCAGAGCGGUGCAAGACGAAUGCUCAGCCGCAUCAUAGCCGUACUCGGCUUGAGCGUCUCGUCAAUCGAUCGUCUUACAGCACAGUCUGAAUCCAGCGCCGUACUCGACGACCUUCGGAGUCAAGCUCGAAUGCUGCUGGCAACAUGCCUCGAGGGCAUGAGCUUGAAGACAGUACUCCCUCUCGACAGCGUCGAAGCUCUAGCGACGCUUCAGGCACUGCUCCUUCUGGCAUACGAUAGCUAUGGUAACAACCGACUGUCUCAAGCCGAAUCGGAUAUGCUUGCUGCUGUGCAUCUCGCUCGCAGGAUGCGUCUAAAUCAAGUGGACGCUCCAGGCUCUACUGGCGUGUCUGAAGAGCCGCAUGGACAAGCAACUUUCAACACUCGCACAGCACCACUGUCGGCAGUCCAUACAGAGUCACUGCGACGGCUCUGGUGGGAACUCUACCUCUGCGACUUGAUGCUCAACGUGACGACAAGCGGAGCGAUCCGGCGUUGUCUCGACAAUGAUCAUCUCGAGGUCGCCGUGCACACACCAUUCGACCCUGGCUUUGCAGAUCUUGGUCAGUUGCCGCCAGGCAGCCAAGGUCAGAGCCGACAGCCUCUUUCGCAAGCUUACGACAUCAGGAUCCGCACCUGCGCGCUGAUCCACGAGUGUGUUCGGCAGCCGAAGGAUGCGGAUGAGCUCGAUUACGAGCGCAUCCGGGCCAUCGACACGAUGCUGAGCAACAUUCUGAUCGUUGCUCAGAGGCAUUGGGCGGAUGCAAGCACCCAGACCGAACCAAGCAGCCACCACGUCGACGGAGGCUCCGACGGGCCCGGAAGUGCGCCUAAGGCGGACGUCCCCCGCACACGCUGGGCACUGGAAACGCGCAUCGAGCUGCUUUUCACUGCGAUGACGAUGCUGCACGCCAGCCGGAUCCAUCUGCAUCGACUGGCCUGGUUCCCCGACCUGACGAUGGACUUUGUCUCGUGUUCCUUCAAGAGAUUCGACGACAGCGCCAAUGGUGUGCUUUCACGAGCCGGGCCUCGAAUCGGUGAUCGGGCCAAUGCAGAGCAGCGGCAAUCGAUGCUGUCGACGAGCGUCACGCGCAUCGUAUCGUCCGCAGACGCCAUCAUGCGGCUUGUGCGUCUGGAUCAGCGCAUGGCAGUGCCUGUACCGUGGAGCGACGCCGGAAGGGGCGCCUCUGACAGCCAGGGACACGUUCCUCGCGGGCUUCCUGCGCAUUGGCCGUUCCUGGGCUGUUGCAAUAUGGUCGCAGCUUUCGGCUAUGUGGUUGCCGUCGCAGCUAGCGGGCCCGAGGAGUCCAACUUGCCCACCUAUGGCGAUGAGAUCCGGCUGUACGGCGAGCACGAUGUGACAGGAUCCGAAGGCCACAGUCAUGGCUCUGUCGUUCCUGCCGAUGCUUCUGCGCUCUCAGCCCCCUUGUGGCAGUACGGCUCGCCAGAAGCCAGCACCCUGUCUACUGGCAGCGGCAAUGCCGGCGAAAGGCAGCGCAGCGCGAUGGUGUGGAAGCUGCGUGCGGCCAUCAGCAACAUUGGAUUCGCAGAGUCGACGCUGGCCCAGUACUCGCAAGUCUGGCCUGUCUGCGCCAUAUACCAGCGCGAGGUGGCGGUGUGCCGCGACGCCAUCGAUUCGACGGGCCCAACGGGCUUGCAUGUUCGAGCACCGGCGGCACGUGGCGAGCUCGGAUUUCGGAGGCGACUCGAAUUCCGGCGGUUGAGAAGUCCGAGCUGCCACAAGAUGCCAGCGCUAGCUCCACACACACCACCACAUCGCUCUAUACCGACCUACACGAUCGAUCAGCGUUCGAACAUGGACGAGGUAGCGACGCACGAUCGCGAUGAUGACGGUCGCUGGAGCCUCGACGUGUGGCUGGUGCUGGCAGCGAGGUUCGUCCGCAUGCUAGCGUUCGGCUCCUCGUCGCUCAUCCUUGCACUGUACCUUUUCAGCCUCACACAUUCGCCUGUCGAGGUCGGACGCUUCCUCACACUCACUCUACUUGGAGACUUUAUCCUGUCAUUGGUACUCACGUUUGUAGCCGAGUCGGUGCUAGGCAGACGCAACACACUGCGUCUUGGCGCAGCCUCGAUGCUUCUUGCGGGGAUUGUGUUUGCGACCACGACCGACACACGCCUGCUGCUCAUUGCAGCUGUCUUUGGCGUCAUCAGUCCGGCAGGAAGCGAGAUCGGACCGUUCAGAGCGGUGGAGGAGAGCAUCCUGGCUCAGAUGGUGCCGAAGCAGCAUAGACCGACGCUGUUUGGUUGGUACGUGGUGACGGGUUCGGUAGCCGCGAGUCUGGCAACGUGGCUCACGGGCUGGAUCAGCAAUCGCUUGGGUGCCGAUAGAGACCAUCAAGAGCUGAUGACAUACUAUCGAGGUGUCUUUGUGGUGUAUGCUGCGCUUGGAUCGGUCAAGCUGCUGCUUUCACUGCUUCUAAGCAGCGAGUGUGAAGCUCCGACGCAGAGUCGGUCUGGAGGGCACGUGUCUCAAACUCGCACACAGUUUUCGACCCAAUCCGAGCGCGCACCCCUUCUCGAAACAGCGUCGAAUGAGCCGGCCAACGGUACGGACGAGACAAGUCAAGCGGCCAGCACGAUAGACGCUUCGCAAGAAGACGCCUUCGGAUGGAGUAGGCUAGGUGGUCUUUGCCUGCUGUUCGCCAUCGACUCUUUAGGCAGCGGAAUGGCGUCGCAGACGCUGACUUCGUGGUUCCUUGCGCUCAAAUUCCAUGCCGACCUUUCAUCGCUUGGUACCAUCACUUCCGCUGCUCUGAUGGUUGCUUCCAUCUCGAACCUCUUUUCUGCGCGGCUGGCGAAUCGUCUCGGGCUGGUGGUCACAAUGGUGCUCACGCAUCUGCCCUCGAGCAUCGCACUCACGCUCACGCCCGUACCUAGUACGCUCGCAUGGACAGCAGCGCUGGUCGUGGGCAGAGCUGCGACGGCAUCCAUGGACCAAGCUCCGCGCUCCGCCUUCCUCUCGGCAUUCGUUCCGGCUGACAGAAGGACUAGGGUGCUUGGACUCGUCAACACGAUCAAGACGCUCGCACAGUCCGGAGGUCCGACGCUGACCGGAUGGUUCGCGGACAGAGGCCACAUGGGAUGGGCCUUCCAUCUCGCCGGCGCGCUCAAGGCAGGCUACGACCUUGGCCUUCUUGCGGCUUUCUCCAGGGUCACGUAG